AUGGAGUCCAGGUCCGGAUUCUCCAGCUUCAAGGAGGGCAGGGGAAGGCCAGACGACCUGGAGAUGCAUCCCGACCCCUUCAUUCUUUCCAGCCAAGUGCAUGCGCCGGCGCGCCGGCGCAGCAGCAUCCACGCCGCAGAGCAUGGACUGACCGACGUCUGGACCGGCGACGCCUUUUUCAAGUCUGGCGGCCUGGCAGUGGCCGCCCUCGUACUCAUCGCACUCACACACUGA